UUCCUGCUUUAUAAACACAAGUGGUGUGCACAUAUUUACAAGAGGGAAACACAGUAGAACAAUCUCAGACAUAUUUAUCGUCAAAGGUACAAAGAUGAACCAUUGUGGUCUGCUGACAGUCCAGAAGGAACCAGUUCCUCUGAAGAGCAUUGAAGUGGAGCUGGAGGUGAGGGACCAUGUGGCUACAGUGGUCUCCACUCUGCUCUACCAGAACAAGGAGGACAAACCACUAGAGGCUGUUUUUGUCUUCCCUCUGCCUGGAGAUGCUGCUGUCUGUCAUUUCAGUGCUAAGAUUGGACAGACACAGAUUGUAGCUGAGGUGAAGGAGAAACAGCAGGCUCGUGAGAAGUAUGAUGAUGCAUUGAGCUCCGGUCAGCAGGCCUUCUUAUUGGAGGAGAGUGAUCAGAGCCCAGAUAUAUUCUCUCUGAGUGUGGGCAGUAUGCCUCCAGGAGAGAGCGCCUCCAUCAGGCUGGAGUACGUCACUGAGCUGGCUGUGCAGGCUGAUGACGGGCUGAGGUUUUGUCUGCCUGCUGUGCUCAACCCUCGCUACCAACCUAAGGGAAGUGAAGGUGGCAGCCUCCAGGUGACGUCUGUUCCAGCCUCUCUGGUGCCCUACAGUCUGUCUUUCUCUGCCCAGGUGUUCUCUCCUCGUCCAGUCUCUAAAGUAGAGUCCAGCUGUUCCCUGGACCCUCUCCAGUACCUCAACACAGAGCAAACCCAGGCUACGGUCAAGUUGACUGCAGGACACAAGUUUGACAGGGAUGUUGAACUGUUGAUUUAUUACAAAGAUGCCCAUCAGCCCACUGCUGUGGUGGAGGCAGGACAGACCUCUGCCAAGCCUGGCACUCUGAUGGGUGAUCCAGUGGUGAUGCUGAGCCUGUACCCUGAGUUCCCCCAGGCUGUGAUGUCUUCAGUGGACUCAUGUGGAGAGUUUGUGUUCUUAAUCGAUCGAUCAGGAAGUAUGAGUUGUCCAAUGGAUAACAGCAACCCACAACUGACUCGCAUUGGCAGUGCUAGGGAUACUCUACUGCUCCUGCUGAAGAGUUUACCAAUGGGCUGCUACUUCAACAUCUACAGUUUUGGGUCCAGAUAUGAGCACAUCUUCCCUAAGAGUGUGGAGUACAGUGAGAAGACUAUGGAAGAGGCUCUGAAGAAAGUUGAGAACAUGGGUGCUGAUCUGGGAGGAACAGAGAUCCUGCAGCCCCUAAAACACAUUUACAGUCAGCCCUGCAUUCCCAGUCAACCAAGACAACUGUUUGUCUUUACUGAUGGAGAGGUGGGGAACACCAAAGAAGUUAUAAAUCUGGUGAGGGAGAACUCAGGCUCCCACAGGUGUUUCUCUUUUGGGAUCGGGGAAGGGGCCAGCUCUGUUCUUAUCAAUGGUUUGGCCAAAGAAGGAGGAGGUCACGCUCAGUUCAUCACAGGAACUGACAGGAUGCAACCAAAAGUGAUGCAGUCGCUGCGAUUUUCCCUGCAGCCAACUGUGGUGGACAUCUCAGUCACAUGGGAUUUACCAAAGGGAGUGUCUGUCACUGUCCUCUCUCCACCAAUCACAACAAUUUUCCAGGGUCAAAGGUCAUUGAUUUAUGCCCAGCUCACUGGACAGAGUCCAGAGGCAGCAGAGGGCUGUGUGACAGUGAAGUACAGCCUGGCAGGUCAUCCAUCCCACAACCAGCUCCACUUCAGUCUCAAACCUGCAGAGGACACUGGACUAACAGUCCACAGGUUGGCUGCUCGGACUCUGAUUCGCUCCCUGGAGAUGGAGGAGAGAGAGCGCAGAGGACAGCAAGAUGGAGGAGUGAAGAAGAAGGUGGUGGAGCUCAGUGUCCAAUCAGGAGUGAGCAGUUCCUUCACCGCCUUCAUUGCUGUCAAUAAAGGUGACGGCGAGGCCAUUCAAGGGCUUCUGUUGCGCAGAAAUGUCCCAGCACCCAGAUUGAUGAAGAGUUGCUUUAUGCCGCUGAUGGCUCAAUGUCGCACGCCCUUCCAACAGAGCAUGUUUGGUGCUUUACCCAAAAUGAAGUACUCAGACUACAGUGGUGGUACCGUCAAAGUCACCGAACCCAAGCAGCCUCGAAGAGACUCCUUCCUGCAGUUGGUUUCUCUCCAGAAGGCAUCUGGCUGCUGGCUGCUUGAACCACAUCUAGCUGCUGUACUGGGAAAGACCAGCGAGGAGGUGGAAAUCCCCAAACCUGCAGAGGUGAAAGAGGAAGUUUGGGCCACCAUUCUGGCUCUGAUCUGGCUUCAUGGUUUCAAGUUGGAUGUUCAGGAUGAGUGGCAGCUUCUGGCUAUGAAGGCUGCGUCAUGGCUCCGUGCUCAGAAAGCACCAUGUGUGACAGAGUGUGUGGAAGCUGGAAAUGCACUGUUGGGAUGUGAGGUGCAGAAAGAUUCCCUGGGGAUUUAAGGCUUUAUUUAUUCUGGCUUCUCCUUCAAGAUUAGAAGAGAGGAACAGAUUUACUCCAUCCUGUAUUUACUUCACCAACAUUGAAUGUCUACUAUGGCUGCUACUUUGCACUAUUUGCCUUUAUGAUAUUUUGUGCCUUAGUAUAUUUGCACUGGGCUGAUCUGAUGUUUUUAACUGUGUGCUGGUUAUACUCAGCUGCUACAUUCAGUCUAACUGUAUGUUUCAGAUGCUUUUUUUUUGAGUGUUUGGAAACUGGAAAUUCACUGUUGGGAUCGGAGGUGCAGAAAGAUGCUCUGGGGAUUUGAGAUUUUCUUUCGGUGUGAAAUUAGAUUUGCCAAAAACAACAAAAGCCCUGGUUCAGAUGGGUAUAUCAGUGAAGUUUUUGAGGAUUUCUCAGAUCAAAUUACCCCAUUACUACUAAGAGCAUUUGCUGAAAUAUUUGAAUCUAGAGAGCCACCUUACAUCCGGUGCAAAUAAUGAUUGUGAAUGCAACUCUUAUAGACCUAUUGCAUGAAAUGACUAUAGAUUGCUUACAUCUAUUCUCACCAAAAGAGCAGGGACUGCAAUAAAACACAUUAUACAUCCUGAUCAACCUGGGUUUAUUGCAGAGCAUCAGUUUACAGCUAAAAUAAGAGGAUUCUGAAUAUUAUAACUUAAUUCCAGGUUGGUUUUGGCCUGAAUUUGAUUGAGUACAAAUCCAGCAUUCAACUAACCAUAAAAACAAAUGAUCAUUCAUCUCAGCCUAUCAGUAUUGAAAGAGGAGUAUAAAUAAGUGAAUCAGAUGGAAAGUGAAAAAAAGUUAAUGGAUAGUAACAAUUUUCUAAAUUUUCUUGUUGUCAAUAAAUCUACUGUGUGUGUAUCACCGGCUUGAUAAUGUAUUUCUCUGUGCCAUAACCCUGAAAGGGUAAGUUGAUGACUUUUACCCUCAAUAGUUGCCAUAGGUGGUCCACCAACUUUUUCUUGCAUUACAUCUACAUGAACAGUCCCUACACUGUCUAGACACUGCAGAGUUGCAGCCUACUAAAACAUAUAUAUAUAUAUAUAUAUAUAUAAACAUAGAUAAUAUAUUCAUAAAAGUGUUCAUUCAUGAAAGAUGUAAGACAAUCUUAGAGGGUU